UACAACAGAAGCCGGCAGGUUUUCCAUAGUCAACCGGAGCCAAUCAAGAGAACCUCCUGGUGAACCAGUGCGCUUCUACGAAUCUCUGUAGGUGGGCCACAAAGAGCAGCCUGGCUUGACGGGCAGAGGGGGCAGCCAUGCAGAUGGAGCAGUACCAAGUGGUGAGCUCAGUCGGGGCAAGUCCCUCGCAGGGGCAGCCUCUGGCUGUAGCCUCCACUGACCAACAGCAGCAGCAAGUGGCCGUCAUGCAGUCCCUCUCGGGUACACCCAUUGCCCACGUUGCCACUGCACAGCCGCAGGUGCUGCAAGUCUCCCAAGGCAAUGGCCAGGCCCAGCUCCUGCAAGCUGGUGGCCAGCAGAUCAUGGUGCAGACUUUGCCAAAUGGUCAGACUGCUGCUAUUCAGAUACAAAACCAGCCAGGCCAGCAGAUACCACAGCUUCAAGUGAUCCCCAUCAGCCAGCUCCAGGGGCAGCAGGGGCAGCAGAUUAUCAUUCAACAACCACAGCAAGGCCAGAUUCUGCAGACGUCAGAUGGUCAAACACUCGUGUACCAGCCUGUCACAGUUGAUGGCACCAACUUCGUACAGGGGCCUGGAGGUAUAAUCCAGAUUCCACAAGUGGCAUCAGCAGGAGCACCACAAGUGAUGCAGGCGGCGCAGGCAGCACCACAAACCAUAACCCUGCCAUCCUCUGUUGGCGGUGGGAACAUCGUCAUGUUCCAACAGGUGAUGCCCAACCACAAUGCUGUGGCAGCAGCUCAGGCUGCAAAUGCGGGGGCAGCAACCCUGCAGGCGGUACAACGCAUCCCAUUGCCGGGAGCUACCGCCACUGCCACCGCCACCCCUGCCGACGUGGUGGAAGAGGAACCCCUGUACGUCAACGCCAAGCAGUACCAUCGUAUCCUGAAGCGGCGCCAGGCCAGGGCACGACUCGAGGCCGAAGGUCGCAUACCCAAAGAGCGGAGGAAGUACCUGCACGAGUCUCGGCACAGACACGCCAUGAACCGGAUCCGCGGCGAGGGCGGGCGAUUUCACUCGGGCAGCUCACGCAAAGACCAUGGAGAGAACUCGCCUGGCGACACUGGCAGCAACCAAAACUCCGUGGAUGGCUCCUCACAGCACGACGAUGUCUCCAAUGGUCUUCACUCCCUCGAGGUACUUGAGAACCAAACGGCAAAAUACACCUUCACCGUGCAGAAUGGUCUCAUCAACGUCAUGCCCUCAGAACUUAUGGUGGCAGGUGGAGACUCAAACUGACAGACAGUGACCAGCAGCAACCAUCAUCAAAACUUCAUUGUCCUCAUCGUCGUCACCGUCAUCACUCAACUUUUUCAUCUGUACAAAGAAUACCACGCCUGGCAUUCAGAAUGCACCAUAACCAUGUGUACAUAUCUCAAAAAGAAGCUGCAGACAUUGUUGGUGAAAGGCAGGCAUCUGAUGGUACCACUCGUGUGUUUGACGUCCUCGACAGCCACUACUAAUAGGUCUGUAAUGCAAGAGCUGCUCCCCCUUUUCUCCUUUGUGCAGCACAGUGAGACAAACUAAACAGAACAGUUUCUUCUUCGGCGGUUUCGUACUCCGGGACGCUUGCCUUAAUUUUAUGUGUGUCUGUGUGUGUGAGCAUGUACACCGUGCAAGGUUGCAGUAUAUUGAAAACAUAUCAAUGCUGGUGAAUUAGGAUUAUUAAAUGCAUUUUUAGGUCUGAUUAAAAAAUUUUGCGGUUGCCCUUAUUGUACCCAUGCACAUCAUCACCGAAUAACCACAAAAACCACGAUGUCAGAAAAUGUACUAAGGGAUAAGGUACAAUUUUUUUUUUUAAACACUUGAACCUUUAUUCUGCAUAUUGCAGUGAUUUCAUGCUCUGAGACUACAACAACUUUUCAUACAGUCUCAUCCAUGAUUCAAUGGAUCUAGUUGCAACGAUACAUAUUUUGUGCCAAGGGAAGAGUGCAUGAAAGUUGUGUGUUCUGUGAAGUGCCAGGUAUUAUGGUACUGCAGAUAUGGCACCGUUGCUGGUGAGUUAGGCCUCAUUUGCUUGCAAAUUUGGAAGUAUGCAACAUGUGACGGCAAACGUACAUAAGCGUUUCAGUAAGAAUGCACAUGACAGUCUGGGUUUUGUUCUUUAAUGAAUUACACGGUAAGUCGAUGUUUGUCGUGGGACGUCUUAUUGAUUUUACCCUGAUAACUGUCAUCUCGUUUGUGCUGGCUUGCAAGUUCUACAGACUCGUUAGUAAGACCAGUUUGUGAAUGCACAUGUGCAUUUCAAUUUAAGAACUUGAUGUUGAGCCAUUAGCAAUGGAUAAAUGCCACUGAGGAGAUGCAAAUUGAAGAGCUGUUGUGUGUGAUCAGCUUAAGUACUGAAAUGCAUUCUGAAAUCACAAGGUUACCAAUUACAAGUAUGCACAUGUUAUUGCAAGCUUUGUACAUAUGCAUUUGGAAAAGGUUGAACGAAAAAAUAUGUAUAGGUGGAGCACGUUUACAUUUUUAUUAAUAAUACUAGUGAUCAUUUUACACUGUUUCGUGAGCACAGGUUGCGUACUUCUGCAAUGCCCAUCAUUGAAGUCGUUUUUUUCAUGGCACUGAUAAUUUAUUCUCUGGAAGAAAGCUUCCGGGAGUUGUUGGUGCACCUGUUCGCAUUUCCAACAGGGAUGGUACUUAAUGCAACGAAAAAAAACAUGCAAAUUCUGCUUCUCCCAACGCGUUUCGCAGCUUGGCUUCGGUUAGGGCUGCUCUACAAAAUUCGGCCCACAUGAUGUAUCUUGUGGUCUCGGGCCCAUUGCAUUGGGUUGCCUUUGGAGGCAAUGUCACGCCUACUAACAUAUGCACUUUUGUACUUGUACAAAUGGAGUUGUGUUCCCUCUACUGGUCAUAAGACAUGCAAGGUGUUCUUAAUUCUUGUGUUGUACUGUUGAAGUAGCCUGAAGUGUGUGCUUGUUACAAUUAAAUUUCUUAUUGACGAUUCCAA